AUUGAAGACAACGAGUAACUCAAAAAGUAGAUUUAAGUAUUUCCAUAAUUGUGCAUGUCCGUUUCCAGAACCAGUAAUAAAUUUUUGCGCGAGUUACUUGGUUUUACAACGAGAAGUCGUUUUUCCCCUGAGAAUCCUCUUCUUGUCAACAACUUGAUACCCCCUACAUCCCAGUAUUGUUUUUAUCCCUUGCAUAAAAGCAUAACAACUACACCGAGCUGCAACACUACUUGUUAUCAUCUUCGAUUAGCAGGUCUACCUCUACUUCACCCUAAUUUUCAUUUAUCACAACUACUCCUAUUACGAAAGAAACACAGCAUCAAGAAAAUGACUGGUGCUGCUAAUCCUGUGAUUGCUCAGGACGAAUUGUUUUCUGCCGUGCAAGCACGCUGCUUGUCUGGAGCUCCAACAGAUCGCCCAUCACGUGCACCAGAAGGCGGAAAAAAGAAGGAAGAAAAAGUGAAAAAAGAGAAGCCUGUAUGGGGAGAGGGCAAGAAAAAGAAGGAAGAAGCACCAAAACCAGCAAAGGAGAAAUUCGUCAAUAUGACACCGGAAGGUACAAAAAACGAAACAUUUUUGGGAUUUUACUUUAAAAAGUAGUCCAUAACUUACUCUGUUACACCCUCUGAAUCUUCGGCUCCUCCCUUCAUGCAAUGUGUUACACCGAAACCGUGGUCACCACCUUGCUCACGAUCUUCAGCUUGUUCAUUAGUUACGAUAGGAAAACGUUGGCUAAAUACAAUCUUCACUAAAGCUCGUAGCAAUUAUUCAGUCUAUGUCGUAUUCCCGCAGGGGCUAAGGGACGAAUAGAGCCCCCGUCAUGGGCGCGGCCAAUAGUACCACAGCGCGCCGCGAGGACUGCUUCACGUGUCUCACCGGCCGUGAGCGAGGACACUGGCCCCCGUCGAGUUGCUUCGAAGGCAACGAAAAUUUUUCGACUCCAAUUUUUCACUUGUGAAAUGCCCAAGUACAACGUGUUGAAGACCGCAAUCAAAUUCAGAAUUUUUGAUCUGCUCAACAUUACAAAAAUCCAAGAACCACAACUACUACAGGUGAAAAGAAGGAUUUGUCAAAGCCUAUGGCCGCAAGCUAUGAGCCAGACGCUGUAGAAGCAUCGUGGGAUGCAUGGUGGGCAAAGAAGGGCUAUUUUACCCCAAACGCAAAAGAAGCCGCUGGAACGCAUGAGGAGAAUAAGUUUGUUAUGGUACUACUGCGUUUUACUACUACUACAACUACCUGUGAAGACUUCUACAACUUAUUCUUAUUGAACUGCACAAGUAAAUGCCAUUCUUUCUAGGCAUGAUCAAAGAUGACCAGCAGAUGCAAUCUAAUUCUUCUCCGAAACCGCAACCUAGUACAAAUCCUAAUGACGACGUGGAAUUAAGCUGGUCCACCUAACCCACCAAUAAAGGUAAUCCCCCCACCCAACGUGACGGGUAGCUUGCACUUGGGACACGCGAUUACUACUGCCAUUGAAGACGCAUUGACAAGAUGGCACAGACAGAGUGGAAAACACACUCUCUGGGUACCAGGAACCGAUCACGCAGGAAUUGCGACGCAGUCCGUGGUUGAGAGGAUAUUGUUGAAGGAGGAAAAUUUGACAAGACACGAUUUGGGUACUACAAUUGUAAAAAUUAACGGACAAACAUGAUCAAAAUAACAUGUUGAGGAGCAUGCAAGACUGGUGACUCCGAUACCGAUUUAUUCGAACAAAAUAAAUAUAAUGAUUCCUCCCAUUUAUACGAUUCUAGGUCGCGAAAAGUUCCUGGAAAAAGUGUACGCCUGGAAGGACAAGUAUGGCAACCGUAUUUGCUCUCAGUUCCGCCGACUGGGCGCUUCCGUAGAUUGGACCCGUGAGGCUUUCACGAUGGACGACAACUUGUGUCUGGCUGUGAAGCACGCUUUCGUCAACUUCCAUGACCAAGGCUUAAUCUACCGUGACAAUCGUCUGAUCAAUUGGUGCUCGCAUUUGCGCACUGCUUUGUCGGACUUAGAGGUGGACUACGAGGAAAUCGCAAAGCGCACCUUGAAACCUCUGCCAGGUGGCGAAGGCUUGAAGGUGGAAGUAGGCGUGAUGUGCCACUUCAGCUACAAAGUGAAGGGAACCGACGAGAAAAUCACCGUAGCAACGACGCGUCUGGAGACGAUGUUGGGUGAUACGGCCGUCGCGGUGCAUCCGGAGGAUGACCGCUAUAAGCACUUAAUCGGAAAGGAAUUGGAGCAUCCGUUCUGCCCGAGUCGUGUGAUGAAGGUGAUCGCCGAUAGCUACGUGGAUCGCGAAUUGGGUACAGGAUGCGUGAAGAUCACGCCAGCACAUGAUCAUAACGAUUUCCAGAUGGGAAAACGUCAGAACUUGGACUUCAUCAACAUGUUGAACGAUGACGGCACUGUGAAGAAGGGCCUCUGCUCUCCGGAAUUCGAAGCCAAGUUCGGAGGAAAGCACAGAUAUCUGGUGCGUCGUGAUUUGGAGACGGAAUUGAAGACGUUGGGCUUGUUCGUCAAGAAAGUGGACCACGCGAUGAGCUUGGGUACUUCACUCAUUUGAUUAGGAGAUGAUAAUGAUUUGGACCACGAUGAGAUAAUCAAGUUGCAUGACUUAAGACGGUGAUAAUGAUUUGGACGAUGAGAACAUCAAGUUGCAUAACUUAAGACGGUGAAAAAGAUUUCCUUUCGAUUUUUCCUCCUUGUAGUCCUUCCUAAUACUAAUAGCAAACACCAACAACCCUCCCCCACUCCAGGUUUCUGUUCCCGUUCCGGAGAUAUCAUCGAACCUCUCCUCAAGCCUCAGUGGUGGAUGAACUGCAAGGGAUUGGCGCAGGAGUCCGUAGAUGCCGUGCGCAACGGCGACUUGAGAAUAUUGCCGAACUUCCAUGAAGCUACGUGGUUCAAGUGGCUCGAUAAUAUCAGAGAUUGGUGCAUCUCGCGCCAACUCUGGUGGGGACAUCGUACUACUUAUUCACUGAUUAUUGCUGUCACGACGUUGUCAUGGUGAUCGUGAUCUUAUGAAGAUGAUCUCUGCUUUAUUUGUUCGCUAUACUGAACUAGCUUCACGACCUGCGCCCUCAAUUGAAAACGAAAUCCCCUCCAAAUAAACAUCAACUCAGGUAUCCCCGCUUACCGUGUGGUCUCACCAGCACCGAAGGAGGAAGACGCGGACCAGUGGUUUGUGGCAUUGAGCGAGGAAGACGCACUUGCCAAAGCCUCUGCCAAAUUGGGCCUUCCAAAGGACAAGAUCAAGCUUGCUCAGGACGAAGACGUGCUCGACACCUGGUUCUCCAGUGGUUUGUUCCCGUUUUCUGUGAUGUUAUGGUUGUCGACGACGAAAAAGUAAAUAGGCUACCAUUCUUAAGAAUGGUAGUUGCCGAUCUCGGUUGAUUCCUUGUCUCCUCCUGUAUCCUGAAGAUCUUAAACUCCUAUUGCCCAUCCCCUUUCCUCCAUUCCCCUUCUAAUCCCUGGCUGGCCCAACGAGAGCGACGACAUGAAGGCCUUCUUCCCGGGUCAAUUGCUCGAGACUGGACACGAUAUCCUCUUUUUCUGGGUGGCACGCAUGGUAAUGAUGUCACUCGGUCUCACCAAGAAGCUACCCUUCACCACCGUCUACCUCCACGCUAUGGUGCGCGACAAGAACGGUGAAAAAAUGAGCAAGUCUAAGGGCAACGUGAUCGACCCACUGGAGGUGAUUGAUGGCGCGACAUUGGAACAACUCCAUGAGAAGGUAAAGGGUGGUAACCUGCCAGAAGCGGAAGUGAUCAAAGCUGUAGCACUCCAGAAGAAGGACUUCCCGAGUGGAAUUCCAGAGUGUGGCGCUGAUGCGCUCCGACUCGGACUAUUGGCUUACACUGCGCAAGGCAGAAACGUCAAUUUGGACAUAGACCGUGUGGUCGGAUACAGGCAUUUCUGUAAUAAGCUGUGGAACGCGACAAGAUUCGCUUUGUCACACUUGGCACCAUCAGAAAUCGACGGAGCGUACAGCUAUCCGGGAUCCAUGAUGCCAGGUUUGAAAUUGCGCUUGGAAGAUCGCUGGAUUCUUUCUUAUGACAUGGAUCGAUAACCAGUCUAGCUAUUCAUUCCUGAUCAGAGUCAGAUUGCUUUCUUCAUGUUGAAGACUAUGACAUCACGAUAGAGAUGAAGAAUCAAGAUGUUUUUACCCACUUCCCCCCUCCUCCUCGUCCACACACAACAACAAUAAUAGAGAUUUCUCUCUAAUCCUUCCGCCUCAACUACGCUGCCACGACCAUGAACAAGUCCUUCGCUGAGUACCAGUUCUCGGAGGCCGUGAGCUGCAUCUACAACUUUUGGCUGCACGACUUGUGUGACGUGUACCUUGAGUUGCUCAAACCAAGACUCUAUGGUGAAUCCAAAGAAGCUACGCCAGACACUUCAUCUUCAGAGGGUGCAGCAGAUAGGAAAGUGGCUAGAGACGUUUUGUACACGUGCUUGGACCAGGGCUUGCGAUUGUUGCAUCCGAUGCUGCCAUUCGUGACUGAGGAGUUGUACCAAAGACUGCCGCACAACCCGAACAAAUACGAGUCGAUUUGCAUUGCCAGGUACUACUGCAGCUACGUUUUUUUAUUUUACUUCUCGGUUUCGGUGUUGUGCUUGUGACGCUUCCAAUUUUCCUCAUACUGUUAUUUUGCUUGACUUGCGUGUGGCUUAGGGAUAGUGAUACCUUUUUUGUACUUCUGAUUCCAUAGUUGCUUGUUUGGCAUUCUCAGCAUCUAGAUUUUGAGUUUCUCGCAGUAUUGCUAUCAGAUCGACUUAGGCGGUCUUGAAAGAGAGAGAAUAUUUGAGUAUGGCUGUCGCAGCCCGAUUCUUGAUGAGAAGAACAUCAAGGAUUUCAUGGAAAAACUUUAGCUUUCUUGAGAGCAAGAUAGUUUUUGACUAGAACAAGCAACCAAAACUAGUAAGACUAACACCCAUGAUUCAGACUCAACUUACAAUUUCACAAAUCAAAAAUUUACACCAUUCCUCUUUCUCUUUCAGCUAUCCGCUCGGCGUGCGUUCUUGGCAGGAUGAGACUUCCGAGAAGUUGAUGAAGGAAGCCAAGGAGAUCGUAGGUGCGUUCCGAAGUAGUCAGAGCGCAUUGAACAUUCCGAACAAGGCACCUCCAGCAUUCGUGGUGUCCACAUCAUCCUCCUCUACCUCCACAAACUCAACGGUGAAGACGGCAGAUCUCAGCAGUCCCGAAGUCCUUUCGAUCAUCAAGACCUUGGCCAAGGUUGGAUCGAUUCAGUACGUGAAGCAGGGAACGAAGGAAGCAGAGACGACACUGAAGUUAAGGCUACUGUUGUAAACUACGUAGUUGAGGUUGAUCCUGUAGCUGUAGGUAACUAGGACUAGGCACUACACGGUCAAGGUUGUUUGAACCCAUGAAAAUGAUCACAGUUUUCUAUGAACCCUGACGAGAAGCCGCAGAGGAAAUCUAUCUCAAAUCUUGCUUACCUCCAUCUCAAUCACUUCUAAUCUCCGGCGCCCUCCUCUCCCUGGUCAACCUCGAGAUUUCCAUUGGACUCGAUGUGAGAGACAUGGUGGAUCUCAACGCAUACAUCGAGAAGUUGCAGAAACAGAGAAAACUUGCCGCCGCCUCUCUAGAGGGCACUCUGAAGAAGACGCAAGCCGCAGACUACGCAACGAAAACGCCAGAAGAGAUUCAGGCCAAGAACGAACAACAGAUCAAGGAGAAGCAGACCACCAUUGCUGAAAUCGAUCAACAAAUCGCAUCGGUGGAGAUGGCCAUGAAACAGAAGUAGAUGGAGUCGGAGAAGGCAUGAUCUUCUACUUCUUUUGAAGUCACGAUUAUACUUUCAUAUUCAGCAUUUACGCAACAACAUCAUUCCUUAUUUUUUACAUACCUAAAUACUUUUGGAUUUUUCGGUGAUGGAAGCUAUUUUCAGCAUAGCGUCGAAAAGUACUAUGACAAGUUCACGACGAAAUGAAUAUGGAUGAUCAUCAUGAAGCUCAACACUAUAAUUACUUACGCCAAUAUUGUACCACUUUCUACAUAGAAGGAGUUGCAUUUGAAUUUGGUCAAUGUUAAUGUUUCACCACCAAGAUCUAGAUCUUAUAAUAAUUCUUGGCGACAACGACAAGCAUAUGAACAUAUCACGCGAUUUAGAUGGGUGUGAGACCUUAUGAUUUGUACUGAUUUUCCUCCUCAAGAAGUGGUAACAAGAACAAACAAAUUGAUGUUGACGCAUCGUCGCUGCUGCGGUCCCCUGGAUGCGGGUAGCAGGAAGGAUGGUCGUAGAAGUGUCUGCUCGGGCUCAACGAGAUCAUGAAGGCGAAAAAGAAUCGCCUUGAAGAUGAGGUGAACA